UCUAAUUUCUAGUAUAUAAUAUUUAAUUUCAUAAUAGUAAAUAGCAUUAUGUUUAUUUUUGUAAGAAAUUUUCCUAAUGACAAAUAACAUUAAUUUUGCAGUGUGUCUAAGAAUGCAUUCAUUCAUAGUGUAUUAAAUUUAAAGGAAUCUCCUACAUAAAGAGGUUCAUUGUUUCUGCAGUUUUUAUGCAAGAAAAAAAAACCAUAAAGUGAAAUCAUUUAAUUUAGUUUUGUAUCUUUGUAUGUAUGGUGAAAUAGAAAUAUUAUUGAAGUAAAGUUUGUUGGAAAUUUCAAAAAAAUAUGAAUUGAUUCUUUCACAGAUACACCUAUUAAUAAAUUGAAUUCUUGUAAUAAAGUGAUCAUAUUUCUACAGUAAUUUAUUAGAAAAUUCAAUCACAGUAAGUGAUUGAUACAACAUGCUAUUGAAGGAUUCAUUGUGCUGUUUGAAUGAGUUACUUUUGUUGUGAAAAUUAUUUUGAAUUCUUGCCUUCAUUUUAUUUAAUGGCAAAUUAUUUUCCCAAUAUCUAAUUAUAGCUAUUUGUUUCAAAUAAAAAAAGAAAAAAUUUGUUUUGAACAAUAAAUCUAUAUUUUUUCUUAUAUUUAUGCAUUUCCAUUUUAAUAUCAUUGCACAGUUGAUUUAUAUCUUCAUUUCUUGCAGCAUAUUUAUAAUUGUUAUUCUUGAGAUCUUGCUCUAGUAACACAUGCAAAAGUGUUUUGCAACAAUAUUUUGCAUAGUAUUUUGGUAGUGAAGUGAUUUACAUUUUAAAACUGGAAGAGAGAGACCCAUACUUUAUACAGGUCAUGUAAGCAAAAAACUUAUUUCUUGCAUUUCAUGUAAUUAGAAAUUUUCUUCAAAUUAUUUACAUUUGUCUUAACACUGUUAAGAAACCUUAUUUGUUCAAUCUGAGCAAAUAAAGAUUUUCUCAGAAAAGUAAAAGGUGUUUUUCAUCCUGUAAGAUAACCUUAUUCUUGUAAUAUAAGUAACUAGAUUUUAUCAAAAAGAAGAAGUCUCACUAAGCACUACAAAAUUCAUACAGUUGGGAAAUCCUAUUCUUAUAGUCUAUCACUAAGAGGUCUUCUGACCAAACAGAAUCGUGUUCAUAUGGGUGAGAAGCCUUAUUCUUGUAGUUUAUGUAGUAAGAGUUUUUCACAGAAGAUUCAUCUCACUACACAUGAUAAUGUUCAUACUGGUAAGAAACCUUAUUCUUGUAGUAUAUGUAAUAGGAGUUUUUCAGCAAGAAGUACUCUGACUAAACACACACUUACUCAUACUGGUGAAAAACCUUAUUCUUGUAGUACAUGUAAUAAGAGUUUUUUAGAAAUAGGUUCACUGACUAGACACACACGUACUCAUACUGGUGAAAAACCUUAUUCUUGUAGUAUAUGUGAUAAAAGUUUUUCAGUAAGAAGUACACUGACUAAACACACACGUACUCAUACUGGUGAAAAACCUUAUUCUUGUGGUACAUGUGAUAAAAGUUUUUCACGACGAGGUCAACUAACUGAACAUAGUCGUGUUCAUACUGGUGAGAAACCUUAUUCUUGUAGUGUAUGUAAUAAGAGUUUCUCACGAAAAAAUUAUUUGACUGAGCACAAUCGUGUUCAUUCUGGUGAGAGGCCUUAUUCUUGUAGUACAUGUAAUAAGAGUUUUACACAAAGAGGUCAUAUGAUUGAACACAUUCGUGUUCAUACUGGCGAGAAACCUUUUUCUUGUAAUAUAUGUAAUAAGAGAUUUUCAUUUAGAUGUAAUUUGACUCAACAUAGUCAUGUUCAUACUGGUGAAAAACCUUAGUCUUGUAGUGUAUGUAUUAAGAGGUUUUCAGAAAGAGGUACACUGACUAUACACACACGUACUCAUACUGGUGAAAAAUCUUAUUCUUGUAGUGUAUGUAAUAAGUGUUUCUCACAAAGACGUCUACUGACUUUUCACAAUCGUGUCCAUACUGGCAAGAAACCUUAUUUUUGUAGUAUAUUUAGUAAGAGAUUUUCAAGAAGAGCUAAUUUGACUGGACAUAGUAGUGUUCAUGCCAGGGUUGAAAAAAAACCCACCUACCCAGGAAAACCUGGACGGGUUUUUCUAAGAUUGAUUUUUUUAAAAUCUGUUAUAUUAAAGAGCUAUUCUAUUGAAAUAUGUAUGCAGUCUAGCCUAAAAAAUUUAACCUAUGCUAAAAAAACCAACUAUGUUUUGCUAUUGUUUUAUUCUUAUAUGGUUAAAAGAAAUGCACUUUAUUUAAUAUUAAACUUUGCAUUAUUUAAAGAAAUUGAUUUAGAAAAAUAUUUCAAAUAAUUUUCUUAGCUGUUCCUUAAAAUUUAUUUUUUCUUAUAUCUUCGGAAUUUUUUUUUAAGCAAAAUAAUGUUGUAGCUAUUAUAAAUAUGUUUCUGUGGAGUAAAUUAUUAUUGUAUUUUAUGUAAAAAUAAAGAUGUUCAACAUUUUUAGCUCUCAUGUUUCUAAUGCUGAAAAACCUGAUUUUUGUUGUUUGUGUAAUAAAUUUUUUUCACAGAAUA